CCAUAAGAAAGCUAAACUGCAACACACCAAUCCUAAUUGCGUUGGUCACAUUGACGGAGUACAACAUCCGGUUUUUCUCCAAAGUCUAAGGAGUGACGUCUUUUAGAUUACCAACUAAGGAAAAUGGCGAAGAAAACUUACGAUCUCUUGUUUAAAUUGUUGCUGAUUGGUGAUUCAGGUGUGGGAAAAACAUGUAUACUCUUUAGGUUUUCAGAUGAUGCCUUUACAACGACGUUCAUAUCAACUAUAGGAAUUGAUUUCAAAAUAAAAACUGUAGAACUUCGAGGAAAGAAAAUCAAACUUCAGAUAUGGGAUACUGCAGGCCAAGAAAGAUUCCACACCAUUACAACUUCAUAUUACCGCGGUGCAAUGGGUAUAAUGCUGGUCUAUGACAUCACCAAUGAAAAGAGUUUUGAAAAUAUAGUCAAGUGGUUGCGAAAUAUUGAUGAGCAUGCAAAUGAGGAUGUUGAGAAGAUGAUUCUUGGUAACAAAAAUGAUAUGGAUGAGAAGAGAGUUGUGAGCAGAGAAAGAGGAGAAGCGAUUGCACGAGAACAUGGAAUCAGAUUCAUGGAAACUUCUGCUAAGGCAAACAUCAAUAUAGAUCGAGCUUUCAAUGAAUUGGCAGAGGCCAUACUGGACAAGACAGCAGGAAAGGAUCCUACUGAGGCGCCGGAUCGAGUGCUGGUAGAUAAACGAGUGGACCGAGGUUCAAACAGAUGUUGCUAGACAAACAAAAUCAAAACAAAUAUUGAGAAAGAUUGGGGAUUCUACUUGUUAUAUAUAUUGAAUAUGUUGCCUUGUGUUCUGAUGAGGAUGUCCUCUUUCCUGGGUUAAUUGGUUUCAUUUAGAAGUUGGUAUUGUAAUACUGUUUGGGAAUUUUAUGUGCAAGGUAAUCUGUUACAGAGAAGGUUCAGCCUACAAUGCUGGUCAUUUCUUUUUCAUUGCUAUCUGACCAGUGUGAAUCCCUCAUUUGCUAGGGAUAACAUUCAUCGUGGUUGUUGGGAAUUUCCUGUCUUUCUCUCUAUUUGACCAAGAAGCUAUCACAGCCGCCAUGGUGCUAGAAAACAGACUUUUGAAGUGGGAUUCAAUAAACACAAGGAGAAAGGAUCACCGAUUCAAGUGAAAGAGAGCUAGAAUAUGUGAACUUACUACUAUAGAAAUUUUUGUGAAUACAAUUAUUUUUUGUGUGUGAAUAUAUCAUUCACCAUUGAGUGGCUACAGGCUCAUAAUAAAGGCAGUUUAUGCGAGAGGGUACAUUCGAGGUGGCCUGUUAUAAUUCAGUCAUGAGACUGCUAUUUGGGCUACAAAAUCAACGAAUAAGGAAAAGCGUCAAGGAGUCUGUGCAUGCAUUGAAGUGUGUCUUCUCUUGUUUGCCGGAUGUCUAUGUAAACCAACAUGGUAGGUGUGACUGCCUUUCUAAGAAAUAAAACUCUGUAUGCUAAUUUUACAGUGAAAUCAUGCCAAGUCACUUGGACUGUUGUAAUAUGAGUGAGUAUGUUCAGUGUCAUGGAAAACAUUUCCUGUUUGAUAGUUGUACAAUCUUCAGAUUUCACCGUAGUUUUUGUUUAGUAGUUAUGUAAUUAUGAAUAGAAAAAUGCAUUAUGUGACACAGCAGUGCAGAGUUAUUCAGAUGUGAGUUUAGUCCCAAAAAAAAAACAGAUUAUUGUCCACAGUGCUGCACAGACUGUAUCUUGUGGUGAUGUGCAUUAGAGUUAGCAUCUGGGCAGCUCUGACAAGGGCUUAUGUACCUAUAGUUAUGGUUAUUUUUUUAAAGUGUCCAAUCAUAAGUCUUAUUUCUGUGAAACAUACAUUGUGUUAUACCAGAACCAAAAUGUAGAUGGAAAUAGUGUCUAAACUGUUCCCCGUUAUGUGUAUCCUUAUACUUAUGUAACUAAAUGCUUGAAUCCUGCACAUACCUACACAUAUUCAUGACACACUUUCCAGGCACAAUCAAGCUUUCGUACAAAAUGCAGCAGUUUUCUUAUAAUUCUCCGUUUCCAUCUGUGUCUUUUCCUCUGAGUUCUCAGAGCAAUUGGAUAUUGUUAUUUUAUAUCGCAGUAGAUAUGUAUGCAAUUUCAUUAAAUAUAUAAUUAAUUGUGUUAA